CAUAUCGUUCUUCCAUUUACCUACUAAGUUCUGUUGUUUGGCUGCAUAUGUUUUUUCUUUUUUUUCGGUUUCGUUGACUUCUCUCCAUUUUGGAGGAUCCACCCCUCUCGCACCUGUCAAUCAUGUAAUUAAAUCCCGCUUGGUUAGAAUUAAAGAGCGACAGAAGGUUUUAUUGUUAUAAGGUUUUUUGUUAAAUAGUGGGAGGUGAAUUCAAUUACCGACUGGAGUUCUACGGAGGUCGUUGAGGCUUUGUUGUCGUGGUUAUAUUUGGACAGGAGAAGGUGGAAAGGAAGAAUGACAAAAUUCUGCAGCAGGGAAAAGUAAAAGUGAUAGUUUUUGAGUGAAUAUGAAAACUGAUGAUUAAUUAGUGAGUACAUGGACGGUAACGUCACCUAGUCAGGGUUAGAAAGAUGCCAAGGUGGCGACUCGGUUCCACCGGAAAUCAACAUCUUUAGCUAAAUUCGUUGUUCCUGUUAACAAUUGAAAAGCUAUCAUUUUUCUACGUUUUAUGUGAGAAAAAUAUCAGAUGCAAUUAUGUGUUUUUGAUAGAAUGCCGUACAACAGUGGAUAUCUGUAAUUUUAAUUCAAAGUUCAAGUUUUAGUCAACGAAAGGCAAAAAAAUGGCAGGGCACGAACAAAUGUCAAUAGUUCAAUCGAAAUUUACGUCUGGUGAGACAGUAGUGAUCACGACAGAGGCCUCACUGAUGCAGGGACGGGCCAAGGCCCCUCGCCUCCUUGCUCUAGUCAACAAGGGACCAACGUACGCUCUUGUGGUCUUUCUCACCUCCAGAAGCCCACCCCAGGUCUACAGUGAUUUGACUAUUGAGCGAGUAUUGCCUAUCGAUCAAGAAUUCAAAUGUGAUAUCGACACUGGAAAUCAACUGCAGGAAAGUUUGGAUGUUUACCUAAAUGUUUCUUCGAGAAAGCAGAGACUAGUGUUCGAGAUGAGACCUGGGGUAGCUACGAGUUCGAUAGUCUCGGAAAUUUUCAGAGCUAUCGAGGUCUUCCAGAAAAAUAAAAAUCCAACGUCUGAUUAUUUGUGGAUCCAAAAGUUAACAGGCAGCACAAGAGCCCUAGACUAUGCAUCAGGCGACGGUCCCGAUAUCGUGGACCCCUUAGUUGACCUAGAGUCCCCAGAUCUUGUCGUUCCUCGUCGCAACAUCGCCUCAGGAAAGACUCCCGUCGCAGCUCGAGAAUCCGUCGUUCGUUAUCAAAUGGCCUGCAAGGAGGACGACUACACCUACACAGAAACCUACCGAGUCUUCAUUGGGACUUGGAACGUCAACGGACAACCACCGAACAACGUGUCUAUCAAGGAGUGGUUGAGCAGUGACAGAGUCCCUCCAGAUUUAUAUGCAGUUGGUUUCCAGGAGCUAGAUCUGAGUAAAGAAGCAUUUUUAUUCAACGACACGCCACGAGAAGAGGAAUGGAGACAAGUGGUGACGAGAUCUCUCCAUCCUAAGGGAAAGUACAAGCAAAUAGCACUUGUUCGUCUGGUGGGAAUGAUGCUUAUUGUUUUCGCGCAAGAGGCACAUUUGCCCUUCAUCAAAAACGUUUGUGUGGACACUGUGGGCACAGGAAUAAUGGGUAAACUAGGUAACAAAGGAGGUGUAGCUGUGAGCUGUUCCAUCCACAACACGUCCAUCUGCUUUGUGAACGCGCACCUCGCUGCACAUUGCGAGGAAUUCGAACGUAGAAACCAAGACUACGCAGACAUCUGUUCUCGCCUCUCCUUUACCUCUCUCAUCCCGCCAAAAUCGUUCAAGGAUCACGACCAGAUCUACUGGUUGGGUGAUCUGAAUUACAGAAUCACCGAGAUGGAUGCAUUUACAGCAAAGCAAUACCUCACUUCAAAUACUCUUCUCCCAGUCCUCACCCUCGACCAACUUCAUCAGCAGAAAAAGCUGGGUCGAGUCUUCCUGGGCUUCCACGAGGCAGAGAUCACCUUCAAGCCCACCUACAAGUAUGACCCAGGCACCGAUAAUUGGGACUCCUCAGAAAAAGGAAGAGCUCCAGCCUGGUGUGACCGAGUCCUGUGGAAAGGAGAAUCAAUUACCUCGAUAAAAUACAGAAGCCAUCCCGACCUCCGGAUAUCCGAUCACAAACCAGUCUCAGCAAUCUUUGAUGCUCAAAUCAGAGUCAUCGACAUGACCAAGUAUAGAAAAAUACACGAAGAAGUGAUGAAGAAAUUAGACAAAUUAGAGAAUGAAUUUCUGCCUCAAGUCAUGGUAGAUACCACAGAGAUUAUUUUCGAUAUUCUUAAAUUUCUCGAGCCCAGCAGCAAAGAAUUGAUCAUAGCCAAUACAGGACAGGUGCCCGUGCAGUUUGAAUUUAUCAAGAAGUUAGAUGACACUAAUUACUGUAAGGAUUGGCUGCACAUCGAACCUUAUACUGGGUUUAUCAAGCCUGGGGAGAAGUGUGACAUCAAGCUGGAGGUUUAUGUUGACAAGAGGGUGGCCUGCAAACUAAAUUCUGGAGAGGAUAAAUUGUACGACAUUUUGGUGCUGCAUUUGGAGGGAGGAAAAGACAUUUUCAUCACUGUUACUGGGACCUAUGAAAGAAGUUGCUUUGGAUCGUCCAUGGAGGCUCUGGUGCAUAUCCCGGUGCCCAUCAGGGAGGUACCCGUUGGGAGACUGGUGGAGCUAGAGAAUAAUAAAAAUCCUUCGAGUGAGCCUUACCCUGUUCCUAAGGAGGUUUGGUUGCUAGUCGAUAGGUUGUAUAGACAUGGAACAAAAACAUCCGGGCUUUUUGAAACCCCUGGACUACACAGUGAGAUAAUUGCUAUUAGAGAUUGGCUGGAUCUGGGGAGCCAGGAGCCCAUGCCUGGUAGUGUGCAUUCUGUAGCUGAGUCACUUUUGUUACUGUUGGAAUCCACUGCCGAGCCUUUGGUACCGUAUAAUUUGCACAGCUUGUGCUUGAGUGCUGCUACGAGUUAUUUGCAGUGCAAACAGUUGGUGAUGCAAUUACCAGAAAUUCGAAGGACUGUGUUCCUCUACAUUUGCUCUUUUCUCCAAGAAUUAUUGAAUCAUUCUCAGGAGAAUAAUUUGGACGCAAAGACAUUGGCAACAUUAUUUGGCUCAAUAUUUCUCAGAGAUCCUCCAAGAAGCAGGGACGACAGGACUCAAAGAAAUCGUUUAAUUCAAGCGACAUUUGACCGUAAAAAAGCGGCCUUUGUCUACCACUUCCUGGUGAAUGAUCAGAGUGAUUUUCUUGGUCGAUAAUUGAUAUUAUAAUGGAUUUUAUCGGAAUAUGAAUUAUUCAAUGUCACGUUUCUAUACUCUGCUGCAAAAGUGAUAAUAUUCAUCCUUGUAAAAUCUCAAUACUGUAGUGAAUAUGUGGAGAAUAGGAGAUCAGUCAAACGACACCAUGCAGAUUAUUUUGCACACAUGUCUGAGGCGGGUGAAUUUAGAGAAAAAGGUCAGGACGUCAGUACUUCAUUGUAUGACAUGAAGUUUUUUAUGAAAAAGAUCUGUCAACAUAACGAUUCAACAAUUGAACAAAUUCUGAUUCGUCCAAUUCGAAUGAUUAUUACAUUCGUAAGCUAAUUGUCUAGGGAAAAAAUAGCUUUAGAAAAAAAUAUAAAGAGCCGUCAUUCAUGACCCAAAAUUAUCUGAAAAAGAGCCCGUUGAUAAAUUUCAUUCAUCCUUUUUCGUUCACAGGUAUUCGUGUAAUAAUCUGCAAUUCCAUUUUCUCCGGACUUAUCUCAUAUCCUGUACUACUUCUCUAUUAAAUUAUAUUCGUAGAAAAAAUGCUAACAUUAAGAAAAAUGAAAAUUAGUUGAUGCCAAAUUCAUAAUCGUAAGCUUUAUUAAAAAUGCGCCAAAUGAUAUAAAAAUUAUUUUUUCGAAUAAUUUCUUAUUUGAAAAAUCGUGAAGCAGGAAAGUACCUUUCAUAGGAAAAACGAAUUGGAUUGCGAAAACAGUACGACUAAAGAAUUUAACCAUCAAAUACUGAAUACUGCAGGGAAAUGAUUGAAUAAAUGACACAUCUUUAGUAUUUAGGAAUGAAGUUAUUUUUCGCAAGAUGUUCCCUGUAUUUUUAUAAUUUUAUACUAAUUGGAAAGUAGUACCCUCCAUACAUGUACUUUGUAAAUAAUUAACUAUUUAUGCGAAUUAGUGAGAUAUUCAAGUAUCCGUUCGUUACCACUUAGAUGGAUCCAAUGAGAUUAUUCAGUACAAUUUAUUGAUUAAUUAUAAAUUAUUAAUUUAUUCAUUUCGAAUGUGCAGGGGAGCGAUGAAAAACAGGAGAUGAGUCGAGAAAAUUGCAUAUGAACUAUUUUGAAAAUAUCUCUAAAACUAGAAACUUAAAAAAAUGUAUUGAAAGAUUUUUUCCGCGGGGCAUUUUGUCAGCUACAAAAAAGACUCUAUAUUUUCUCUUAAACUGGCUCAUCCUCGAGAUGUUUCCAUUUAUUCAUGGACAAAUCUGUUGCGAAAUGAUUCACAAAUAUUUUUGGCACUUCUGGGUUCGGAGAAAAAUAUCAGAAGAUCAUUUUUAUUGGAAAUAAGAUUUUUUGACAAGAAGGUGUCUUGAUGCUUUCUUUCUGAGAUGAACUAUAUGACAUGUUUCGACUCAUCUCCUUUUACGAUCUCAUUUCUGAAAUACUUAUGUAGGAAAUUAGAUACACAGUGGAGUCACCAUUGUAAAAUUGUUGAUUUCAGAAGUACCCACUAUGUUAAACGGUGGUUGAUUUUAAGUGUUAAUCCAUUGCCAUUUGUAGGAUCGAAUUGGGCAAUUCAUGACUUUAUAAAUUAUUGUUGUUGCGUUAAGUAUUUUCAAAAAUUCCAUAAGUACUCGAAUUAAGUAGGGGAAUUCCUCACUAACCCAAAAUGCUUUCUAAAUAUUUCGAUGUUUUUUCACGUCAUGUGUACAGUUCUUUUUAGCUAUUGAUUAUUUCAGUAUUUUGGUAUUGAUUUUAAUUUUAAAAAAGUGGAUCAAUUCCAUCAAUUAAAAGAAUAAGAAUCUAAUGUUAGUUAGCAAUUUUUUAUUAAAUUAAGUAGUCAAGUGGUGAAGGAACAUGAGCAAACGAUAAAGGUGUAGAUUAUUUCGAAAGUAUUAAAAAUUUCCAUCCAGAACUUUUAGUAAAGAAAUUCAUUGCCGUGAAUAGAAAAGAAUCAAAUUUUUUUUAAAGAUGUACCAAUUCAAGAGAUGUUACCAAAAUAAUUUGACAGUGCAAUUAAACGAUGUUGCACCAGUUGAUGAAUGUUGAGAAUGAAAUGAAAUCUCAGGACAGAAUGUCAAGAGAUCUUUUCUUUGUAGCUGAUAAAAUUUCCAUGAGAAAGCUUUUCUGAUUUUUUUAAUGCAAUACUUCCAGAAAUAUUCGCGAAAUGAUCGAUUUAUCUUCUGUUCAUUACCACUUUACUGGGAAAGUUUAUUGCAAUGUGUAUUGAUAAUAGAUUUAUUACGCCAAUUUGGUCGCUUAUUUUUAUGAUGCCAUUACACCAAAUAAAAAUCUCAUAGAACGUAACGCUAAUGGCUGUUCAUCCUAGUUUGAUUUACAAUUAUUUAAUUGCAGUCUGUAAAUACCUAUAACUUUUUUCAUAAUUUAUUUAUAAAUUAACGAACGCCCUCUGCUGUACGUGGGGAAGUUACUGCUAGUAAUCGAUUUCAAAUUGCAGAACGUCCUUGUCCGUUGUACAGCAAUUACUUAAAAUGAUUGUAUUAUCUAAGAUUCAACUUAACUAAAGGAGAAAAAUUUGAAAAAUCA